AUGCGACUUCUUGCAACAGUAAAUACUGAAGUUUUUUCGCAACUUGUCAGUGUUUUAUCAGCAUGUGGAGGUGAAGUUGUAUUGCACUUCUCCAAAACUACACUUUCUCUUGUUGUUUCUCAAGGAAUUAAUCAAAUUGCAUUGUGGAUCGGAUGCAGCGUCCAAUUAUGCUUCUCCAAGUAUCAAGUAUCAUCCAGAAAUGACGAUAUCAUUACAUUAAAAUGCAAUUCUAAGCAACUUGCUCAAGCAUUAACUGUUGAUGCGGCACCAACAAUAAAUAUGUCACUUACAAGGCAAGGAGAUACUAAUACGCUUCAAUUUGAUCAUCGUAGUAAUGAUUCUACUAAGCAAUUGUUACAAAGAGUUGCAGUUGUUUUAUUAUCUACCAGAGCAACAGAAGAUUACCAAGAACCUGAAUGGGGAACACCAUCAGUAUCCGUAAGAUUCCCUCAAAUCAGGCAAGUAAUUAACUGGGUGAACGAAAUGAAAGAUAUUAAUCAAAUGGUGACUUUGAAAGCGACGAAAGAAGGAGAAUUCAAGCUCUACAUCGAAAGUGAUUCCGUUACAGUCGAAACAAGCUUCUCUGGACUUGAAAUCGUAGGCGAAACUGACCAGGCCACGAUGGAAGAAGCAGAAGCACUCGUUGAUCUGAAAAAGUUCAAGAAAGUACUCAAAGUUGGAAAUCUCCAGGGUUGUACAGGAGAAAUUCACAUUUUUGAUAAACAAAUGGCGAAAUUUAACUUCAUUGUACCAACUAAUAUCCCUGAUCAACCAACUAAUUUAACUUAUGUCCUCAAUGCUUCAACAAAAGCUGUUUAA